AUGACUCGCGAUGUUGUGAUCAUUGGAGGUGGAGCGACCGGAACUUAUGCUGCGGUCCGCCUGCGAGAAGAUUUCAACAAGACUGUGGUGGUAAUUGAGAAGACAGAUCGACUUGGAGGACACACCGAGACCUACUUCGACCCUGCUACCGGCUAUUCUGUCGAUUAUGGUGUUCAAGCUUGGAUUGAUGGCCCAAUCGUCCGUGCCUUCACUGGAAGAUUCAACAUCCCUCUCGUUACUGCCGUUCAACCACCAUUUGCGACUGAAUAUAUCGACUUCAAGACUGGGAAGUCAGUCGUGCCACCAUUCACACAGGCCGAUAUCACAACCGCACUUACUACCUACUUCGGAAUCGUCUCGCAAUGGCCAUUUUUGGUUGAAGGAUACAAUCUUCCCAAUCCUGUGCCUGCGGAGCUCUUGCUCUCAUUUGGAGACUUUGUCACAAGAUACGGACUCCAAGCCGCUGUUCCAACGAUCUGGACGUUCGCACAAUCUGUGGGAGAUUUUCUCAAUACACCGGCACUCUAUAUUAUUCAGACAUUCGGACUCCCCCGGCUUCAAGCCCUCUUCGAGGAUUGUUUCGUCGUUCCAGCCGACCACUUCAACAAUGAGAUCUACCUUAAAGCUUCGGCACUACUCGGCGUAGAUGUACUCUACAACACGACUAUACUUGAUGUUGCUCGCCAUGAUACUAGUCUCCAGCAGAUCACAGUCAAGACGCCAACCGGACAAAACCUCAUCAAAGCCAAGAAGAUUUUUGUGACAAUAGCACCCAUGGCAGACAACCUCAAGCCAUUCACGCUCAAUCAUCACGAAUCGUCUCUUUUCAACCAAUGGCAGUACACAACAUAUUACACUGGCAUUAUCCGCAAUGGUAUUGCAGACAAUGUCAACAUAAUCAACACUGCCAAUGGGACUACGCUCAACCUUCCUACGCUGCCAUAUGCUCAGGAGUAUUCUCUCAGCGGCAUUCCCGGUCUCCAUACUUUUCACACCGUCAGUGUCAAGCCUCAGAAAGACCAAGAUGCCCAGAUUCUCGUCCUGUCUAGCAUUGCUGCUAUGUCCGCAGCAGGCACAAUUCCUGCAAGCACGCUAUCCAUCGAAGUCCUCUCCAACCACACCCCGAUGCUUCUUCGCGUCACAGCGGAUUCGGUCAAGAAUGGCUUUCAUACUUCUUUGUAUGCGCUGCAAGGACUGAAAGGUACUUUCUACACUGGAAGUGCUUGGGCUGGCGAUUAUACGAGUGUGCUAUGGGGCUUUAUCGAUGCGCUUUUGCCAGGUAUUGCUGCAGCAGCUGUCUGA